CUGGAGGUGGCUCCAGUUCAGAGCUAGUGGAGAGUCUGUGUCAGGACUUCGCAAUCCCCAGUCACACGCCGAGAGGUGCCUGAACGAAAAGGAGCUGGCGGUACUAUUCAUUGGGUUCCCCCCACACCCUUUCCAUUCCUUGCUUCUUUGGGGGCGAUUUCAUGCCCGGGCUCUCUUUCUCCCCUUGGUUUUAAGCGCGGCCAGUUGGGGCUCUUGAUCUCUUGCUCUUCACGGGGCAGGCAGGCAUCAGCAGAGCAUCCGAGGAAGACGCGAAGCCCGAGGAAGGAAAGGGCUGGAACUGGAUCCUGCCAGAGGCCAGAAUGUCAUCAAGGGUGAUGCAAAGAAGAUGGAAGAAAAGGACGGAGUAAGAGAGCCUGCCUUCUUAGAAGAAAAUAUUUGAUUUUUUUUCUUUUUCUUUUAAUGCCUGGGUCUCUCUGCGCAUUGCAAUUGCAUCCCCCCUCUUCUCGCCUUCGCCUCCUCCCUGAAGAAAAGAAAUCGAAGAUCGAAUUGAUUCUCCUGUUGGCAUCGUGCUUUUGUUUUUCCGUUUUUCUUUUCUUUUCUUUUUAAACAAUCGUUCCAGUUGCUCAAAGAAAAGAGAAAUAUAGGACUCCGGGGCUGGUCAUAUCCAGUGGGUUUUGCACCUAGCUCUCUUUUGUUGUGGUGCUUUUAGAGUACCGGAAGAAUUGUUUCGAUUUUCCUUUCUGGCUUGUGCCGUUUCUUUCCUCCUCUCCCCAAUUUGUCUUCCUCCCUCUUUUUUGGGGGGGAGGGAGGGACAGAAAGAGCAGCGCGCGUUGGGAACUGCGGGGGAAAAAUGUUGACUUAACCCCUCCAAAAGCCCCUCGGCUGGCUGGGUUUGCUUGGAGAAAGGGAGAGAAGGACGAAGAAGAGGAGAAGCCGCUGCCUUUUGUACGUUUUUGUGUGUGUGUGUGUGUCCCAGCUCAGCGAGCUGCGAAGCCAGCUGUUUCCCCGGCUUUCUGUACUUCUACCCAGCCCGGCUCUUUUGCCUGACCGGCGACCCUUCUGCGCGAUCUGGCUUUCUUCAGUUGCUGCCGCUUCCCAGGCCCAACCCUCGUGAUCGUGAAGGGACUCAUCCUGCACCUCCUUUCUGGGGCACCCAGAUGCCAGAGAAACCCUGGCUCGCAAUUGGCUGCAAAUUCAAAGUUAUGAAGAUGAAUGAUGUAGACCACCCUCUUGAAUGACGCUGGGCAUUUUAUAACUGGGAUCGUUAAGGAAUAAAAAAGAAAACCGUUUUAAAAGGGGUCAAUAAUGGUGGCUUCUGAUUGCAGAAUGAAAAGGUUUUGGCUGCUUCUGAUAGUAAGCUUCCUGCAGUGUUCAGAAGGUUUUAGCCGAGCAGCACUACCAUUUGGUUUGGUAAGGAGAGAAUUGUCCUGUGAGGGCUACUCUAUUGAUCUUCGGUGUCCAGGAAGUGAUGUCAUUAUGAUAGAGAGUGCUAAUUAUGGACGGACAGAUGACAAGAUCUGUGAUGCUGACCCUUUCCAGAUGGAGAACACUGAAUGUUUCCUCCCUGAUGCCUACAAAAUUAUGACACAAAGGUGCAACAACAGAACUCAAUGUAUAGUAGUUACUGGGUCUGAUGUGUUUCCUGAUCCUUGUCCUGGAACAUAUAAAUACCUCGAAGUCCAAUAUGAAUGUGUCCCUUACAAAGUGGAGCAAAAAGUUUUUGUUUGCCCUGGGACGUUGAAAGCUGUGGUGGAUUCCCCAAAUUUAUAUGAAACUGAACAAAAGGCAGGUGCGUGGUGCAAAGAUCCUCUUCAGGCUGCAGAUAAAAUAUACUUCAUGCCAUGGACUCCAUACCGCACUGAUACUUUGAUAGAAUAUGCAUCUUUAGAGGACUUCCAAAAUGGACGCCAACAGACAACGUAUAAGCUUCCGAAUCGAGUGGAUGGUACUGGAUUUGUGGUGUAUGAUGGUGCGGUCUUUUUUAAUAAGGAAAGAACCCGAAACAUUGUGAAAUUUGACUUAAGGACUAGAAUUAAGAGUGGAGAAGCUAUUAUAAAUUCUGCCAACUACCAUGACACAUCCCCUUACAGAUGGGGGGGAAAGACUGAUAUUGAUCUGGCAGUGGAUGAAAAUGGCUUGUGGGUAAUUUAUGCCACAGAACAAAACAAUGGAAUGAUAGUCAUUAGCCAACUCAAUCCAUAUACUCUGCGUUUUGAAGCAACAUGGGAAACAACCUACGACAAACGAGCAGCCUCUAAUGCUUUUAUGAUAUGCGGGGUGCUUUACGUUGUGCGAUCAGUUUACCAAGACAAUGAAAGCGAAACUGGUAAAAAUGCCAUCGACUAUAUUUACAACACCAGGUUAAGCCGAGGAGAAUAUGUAGACAUUCCUUUCCCCAACAUGUAUCAUUAUAUUGCUGCUGUGGAUUACAAUCCAAGAGACAAUCAACUGUAUGUGUGGAACAACAAUUUCAUCCUACGAUAUUCUCUUGAAUUUGGUCCACCCGAUCCUGCCCAAGUGCCUACCACAGCAGAGACAAUAACUCCAUCCACAGAGCUAUUCAAAACAACUGUAUCUACCACAAGCACUACCCCACACAAAGUUCCUGUUAGCACAACUAUGGCUGCGGGAACCAAAGAAGAUAGUAAAGGUCCCAAGUCACCACCAGCAGUUUCUACAACCAAAAUUCCUCCUGUUACAAGUUUUUUCCCUCUGCCGGAGAGAUUCUGCGAACCAGAUGUGGCCCGGGGGAUUAGCUGGCCUCAGACUCAAAGGGGAAUAAUGGUGGAACGUCCUUGUCCCAAAGGAACCCGUGGAACAGCUUCAUACCUCUGUAUGAUUUCCACAGGAACAUGGAACCCUAAGGGUCCUGAUCUUAGCAACUGUACUUCACACUGGGUAAACCAGCUGGCCCAGAAGAUCAGAAGUGGAGAAAAUGCUGCUAACCUUGCCAAUGAAUUGGCUAAACACACCAAAGGACCAAUUUUUGCUGGUGAUGUAAGUUCAUCAGUCAGACUGAUGGAACAGUUGGUAGACAUCCUUGAUGCUCAGCUGCAAGAUCUGAAGCCCAAUGAGAAGGACUCUGCAGGGCGGAGUUACAACAAGCUCCAAAAGCGAGAGAAGACAUGCAGGGCUUACCUUAAGGCAAUCGUUGACACCGUGGACAACCUCCUUAGGGCUGAAGCUCUAGAAUCUUGGAAAGAUAUGAAUUCUUCUGAACAAGCUCAUGCUGCAACAAUGUUACUUGAUACAUUAGAAGAAGGAGCUUUUGUCUUGGCUGAUAAUCUUUUAGAACCAACAAGAGUCGCGAUGCCUACAGAUCACAUUGUCUUGGAAGUUGCAGUAUUGAGCACAGAAGGCCAAGUGCAGGACUUAAAAUUUCCUCAGGGCAAUGCUGGCGGCAACUCCAUCCAGCUUUCUUCGAAUACUGUAAAGCAGAACAGCAGAAAUGGAUUAGCAAAGCUGGUGUUCAUCAUUUACAAAAGCUUGGGGCGGUUUCUUAGUACUGAAAAUGCAACCAUCAAGCUAGGAACUGAGUUUGCUGGUAGGAACAGUACCAUCGCUGUGAACUCUGAUGUCAUUGCCGCCUCCAUUAACAAAGAGUCCAGUCGUGUCUAUUUGACCGAUCCCGUUCUUUUCACCCUGGCACACAUCGAUCCCAACAAUUAUUUCAAUGCUAAUUGCUCCUUCUGGAACUAUUCAGAGCGGACUAUGAUGGGAUAUUGGUCAACUCAAGGCUGCAAGCUGAUUGACACAAAUAAAACACAUACCACGUGUGCAUGUAGCCACCUAACUAAUUUUGCAAUUCUCAUGGCCCAUAGGGGAACUGUGUACCCAAAUGGAAUGCAUGGCUUACUCCUCACUGUCAUCACCUGGGUAGGAAUUGUUAUCUCCCUUGUCUGCCUGGCAAUUUGCAUCUUUACUUUCUGUUUCUUCCGUGGCCUUCAAAGUGAUCGGAACACAAUUCACAAGAACCUUUGCAUUAACCUCCUCAUUGCCGAAUUUAUUUUCCUAAUAGGCAUCGAUAAAACCGAAUAUAAGAUUGCGUGCCCCAUAUUUGCAGGCCUCUUACAUUUUUUCUUCCUGGCAGCCUUUGCCUGGAUGUGCCUAGAAGGGGUACAACUGUAUCUUAUGCUAGUAGAAGUAUUUGAAAGUGAAUAUUCCAGGAAGAAGUACUAUUAUGUUGCUGGCUAUCUCUUUCCUGCAACUGUUGUUGGUGUUUCAGCAGCUAUUGACUAUACAAGCUAUGGAGCAAAGAAUGCUUGCUGGCUCAAGGUAGACAACUAUUUUAUCUGGAGUUUUAUUGGUCCUGUUACCUUCAUUAUUCUGCUGAAUCUUAUCUUCCUGGUGAUCACACUGUGCAAAAUGGUGAAGCACUCAAACACUUUGAAACCAGACUCUAGCAGGUUGGAAAACAUUAAUAAUUACCGUGUUUGUGAUGGCUACUAUAAUACGGACUUACCUGGGUCUUGGGCUCUAGGUGCAUUUGCUCUCCUAUGUCUUCUUGGUUUAACAUGGUCUUUUGGACUGCUUUACAUCAAUGAGGAGACUAUUGUGAUGGCAUACCUCUUCACAGUAUUUAAUGCUUUCCAGGGAAUGUUUAUUUUCAUCUUUCAUUGUGCACUGCAGAAGAAAGUACGCAAGGAGUAUGGCAAGUGCUUCAGACAUUCAUAUUGCUGUGGUGGGUUACCCACAGAGAGUCCACACAGUUCAGUAAAAGCAUCAACAACACGAACAAGUGCCCGCUAUUCCUCUGGCACUCAGAGCCGAAUAAGAAGAAUGUGGAAUGAUACUGUGAGAAAGCAAUCUGAAUCUUCCUUUAUCUCAGGUGAUAUCAAUAGCACUUCAACCCUUAAUCAAGGAGUGACUGGCAAUUACCUACUAACAAACCCUCUUCUUCGACCGCACGGCACUAACAAUCCUUAUAACACAUUACUCGCUGAAACCGUUGUAUGUAAUGCCCCUUCAGCUCCUGUGUUUAACUCACCAGGACAUUCACUGAACAAUGCCAGGGAUACAAGUGCCAUGGAUACUCUACCGCUAAAUGGUAAUUUCAACAACAGCUACUCUUUGCGCAACGGAGACUAUAAUGACAGUGUGCAAGUUGUAGACUGUGGACUAAGCCUGAAUGAUGCCGCAUUUGAAAAAAUGAUCAUUUCAGAAUUGGUGCACAACAACCUGCGAGGCAGCCACAAGAACCAUAACCUGGAGCGCACAUUACCAAUCAAAGCUGUGAUCGGUGGGAGCAGUAGUGAAGACGAUGCCAUUGUUGCUGAUGCUUCAUCUUUAAUGCACAGUGAUAAUACGGGCCUGGAGCUGCACCAAAAGGAACUUGAGGCCCCACUGAUUCCUCAAAGGACUCACUCUCUUCUGUACCAACCACAGAAGAAAGUGAAGAUGGAAGGAACCGAUAGUUACGUGUCACAGUUGACAGCUGAAGUGGAAGACCACCUCCAAUCGCCCAACAGAGACUCGCUUUAUACAAGUAUGCCCAACCUCAGAGACUCUCCGUACCUUGAGAGCAGUCCUGAUAUCGAGGAAGAUCUCUCUCCCUCCCGGAGAAGCGAAAAUGAGGACAUUUACUACAAAAGUAUGCCAAACCUUGGAGCUGGCCAUCCGCUUCAGAUGUACUAUCAAAUCAGCAGAGGGAACAGUGAUGGCUAUAUCAUUCCCAUUAACAAGGAAGGAUGUAUUCCUGAAGGGGACGUUAGGGAAGGACAAAUGCAGCUAGUGACAAGCCUUUAAUAGCAUAGCAAAGGAAUCCUGAAGGCCACAUGCAAGUAUUAAACAGACAGACACUUAAUUGGCUCCAUGCAGACCCCCUCAUAUCUGCUUGAAGUGACUAUUCUCUUGUCCCUGUGGUUUCUCCCAUGUAAAGGAGUUGACUGGACCUUUCAGUUCUGUGAAUUUUUAUAAAACAAAAAAAAAGCUUUGUAUAUACACAGAGUAUACUAAAAGAAUUAUUUGUUACAAAGAGAAAAGAGAGAGAGAGAGAGAUACCAUCAAGGUAUUUUAAGAUAUCUUGCUGCUGACAUUUUAAAAAAAAGAUUGUGAAAUAAACACACACACAUACAUACAUGCAAAGUGUUCCAGCCAUUUUACAGCAGCAGUUUGGGAACUAAAUUUGUAAAUAUGGCUGCAUCAUUUUUGUAUGCCUGCAUUGUAUUAUAUACAAGAGGUAGGCACCAAAAUCCUGUGGGACAAAUUUAUUGUACCUUACUAUUCCUGACUAGACUUGCAAAAGCAGGAGAGAGAUUCUGCACCAGUAUGCUGUUCAUGGCAAAUCUUUCCCACUAAGGCAAGGGUUGAAAACAUGUCUAACCACUAGCAAUCAAGCCACAGGCCUUAUUUCAUAUAUUUCUUCAACUGUACAAUGUUCUCAUGAAAAAAAUGGCUAAAGAAAUUAUAUUUUGUUCUAUUGCUAGGGUAAAAUAAAUAAAUACCUUUGUGUCCAAACAGAAAUAUAAUUGUCAUUAAAAUAAUUUUAAAGGAUUUGAAGAAAAUAUUGUGAAACGCUCUUGGUUGCACAUAUGCUACAAGCUGUUUCUUCUUACACUUGGUUCCGUAGUACCGUAAUAUGUUUAAAAUGCAAACUCUACCCAUUUUCUACUUCUUUUUCACUGUAAACAGUGGUCUGCUUUGACAUGACUAUUCUUAUGGCUUAAACUUGAUACUGCCAAACGAACAUAUUUUAUGGGAAGAAUUCUCUUAGAUGCCAAUUUAUGCCAGGCCUUGCACACAUUUGAUUAAAAAAAAGAACAAUCACUCACUAGCUAAAGAUUCAUUUCCCUUUUGUUCUUUUCUUUGGAGAAGGAGGAGGGAAGGUGGACUAGUGAAUGGAAGGUGCCUGCCCCUUUUAAGCUAAGAGAAAACAUAAAUAUUAC